CGCUCCAAGCCUUCACUCUUCAUUCUUGAGCGGACCGCGACCGCGUACGGACCGGUUUCUCGUUUUGGCGUUUAGCUCCUCUCGUGCGUGUAUCGUGUUUUAAGGUUCUCCUCCUCUACACACAUCCUUCUCAAUCAACAACUCUGCAACGACAGUCGUCCAAUUAGAACACAUCAGGAGAUAGUAGUAGUGUUAGUGACAACUAGUGCCAGUCGUCGUCAAAGUGCACCGAGUUCUUUUGUUAUUAAUCAUGUGAAGUUGAUUGGGUGGGCGGGUCAUAGAGGGGUGGUUCACUGCGUUCCGGAGAAAAUCGAGUUAAGCUGGAGAAGAAGUGCCGCACCCCUUCGAAAAGGUUUUGACCAACUUCAACCGAGAAGACAGCCUGUCUUACGCAUCGCUUCAGAAACAAGUGAUUUCAGUACGAUUACCUAUCGUAUGUUUAAGGGUAGAGUUGGGUAGACUGGUAGGGGAGUGUGCGAAAAAGUUACGUAUGAGUCAAAAUUCGCUGACGGCUAAUCAAUUUACGGGGAAAAGAGAAGCUGACAAGAGUGCAAUAAAUGGAAGAAAGAAGCAGUGCAAACAAGCCAACAGCGAUUGAUGUGGAUUGCGCUGCGCAGCUGUAGUGGUGACAUGUUGUUUUGUGUAAGAGGUUGUUGUGCAAUUUUUGAGUGGUGGUAUUCAUGUACUGCUGUGGUGCUGGAAUUGGAUGGAAUCAAAGUUGAGUUUUGAGAGUGAUUCGUCAAUCAUAACAAUACAAGUGGAGAAUAAGCUGCGUGAGCUGAAUUUUUGGAGGCACGAUCGACGCAGGUGGAUGAAGAAGCGACUAAGUUAGACAGAGAUAUCGCCCAACAAUGGCAGACCCUACAUCGGCUAGUCUAAUGCCAGUGCCAAGACCCCGUCAACGACCCAACAACUCCGCAACUCCCGACAAAGUCAACAACAAUAGCGGUUCAUUCACGAUCAACCACGAUGAACCGGACUGCCCCAGCAACCCAUCCAUUCCAUCGCUCUACCCGAAGCUGGAUCCGGACACCGUUCCGUCCCUGUACCGCAAGUUGGACUACGAAAACUUCGAAAUCCUUCACCCGAAAGUGCAGAACAACAACCCGGAGCCGCCCCCGGAUGCGGCUAGCUCCCGACCCGUUCCAGCGCCACGCCGCACCAAGGUGGUCGUCCAAGAAGAGGAUCCAGGAGGUUCCGGUCAUUAUCAGAAUGUGGUGCCGGCCGUACCGGCCACUCCGGCACCCACCGGUGGUGGUGCCAUAAAGAAGCCUCCACCUCCACGCGUCCCACCUCCACCCAGCCCCGGUAUUACGACGGUUCGGAAUGAUCUGCGGGGGACGGGCUCGGAGGCGACUUCACCCAGGUCUUCUUCGGGGAAAAUGUUCAGCUACGAGGGGGAGCCCCUGCCGGGGCUGGGUAACUCGACCGAAUCAGAUGCGGCGUCCAUUGGAAGCGCGGAUAGUGGGAGGAAAUACAAGACCACUUCACCGGGGGAGCUGUUCAAAUCGAUCGGGAUGACGUCCAAACUGCUGACGGAGUCUAUCACCGAAAGGAUGACUCACAAGUCCAAGAAGGUUGCCACCAAGUUGGACAAGAACUUCAAAAACUGGGGUACGGAGGCUACGAACAAGUUCAAGCGUGCUAGCAAAUCGAUCAACAGCUUGGCGGAGGACAAGCUAUCGCUGUCGUUGGCUAGGAACAAGGAAGGUAAGACUAGUCGGAGUAACAGUACCACAGAGGAGCAGGAGUUUCUGGAGCGAAGGCAAACCGUGCCACCGGAGAACAGCGAUCUCAUCAAGAACAUUCAGUUCAACAGCCCGUUGAACAACAAGGUUAACAAUCGGGAGGAUCUGACCAAGGGUUCCAGUUCCUCCUCGACGUACGACAUUCCCAAAAGUGCCAAAAGGACAAACUUUGAGGAGCCUCCGCCGUACACGGAGUCCAGCAAGUCCAAGUCGAACAGUAGCGCGAGUUUGGCGUCCGCUUCGUCCUCUUCGACCAAUCCUCCUCCGUCUGGGACUUUCACCAGGAACUCCGGGCUGAGCCAGAGUUUGUACAGUAAGAUUGUACCAAAAAAGGAUCGAAAUGGAGGUUUCCCAUCGCCGGGUCCUUUGCGGCAGAAGAAUAAGAGUGAGUCGAACUUACAGGAGAGUAAGUUCUACAUCGAUUCGGUGCGGGAGGUGGACAUCGGAAGCAGUUCCGAGGAUCUACCGCCACCGAAGUUCCCCGCGCCGGUACUUCACGAUCAAGAAGCUACCGGAAAGCGAGAGAACCCGUAUGGUAAGCUGAAUAUCAUUCCUCGAUCGCCAUCCAGUUCUUCAGAAGAGGACAACAAUAGUCUUCCAGAAAAGCUGAGGCGUCUGAAGAUCCGGAAGAAAUCCGAGAACUACGAGAAUGUCGCGGUGGGUAGUUCUUCAGCGCCGGAUUCCAGAAGGGCUACCUGCAACUCGGUGAAUCGCGUAUUUUCGCGUAGAUCUUCGUCGAUCGAUGAGCUGCGCAACAACCUCAAUCUGCGUUCGGAUUCUUGGAAUUUCUACGACAUUAGCAAUAGAGAUACGCGGCAAGGGGAGGACGAGGAUGGGGACAGCUCCAGGGUGAGUACUCCAGAGCCAACGUAUGCCAACGAUGAUCAGCAUUACGGGCAAAUCUGUGAGAUGGAGACAUCGCUGCUGCAGCCGGAACUACUGCACUCCCGACCGGCAAAGCACGACUACGACGAAGUCUCGAUAUCGGACAUCAUCGAUGAGUUCGACCCGUUGGCUCAUCGACGAUCGCUGGCGGUGAUCAUGGAGAAGACUGGAAACAACGAUGAGCUAGAGCUGAUCGAGAACAUCCUGAGCGCGGAGUCCUAUGGACCAAGGGUUCAACUGGAGUCCUCCGAUGAGAACCUCGUGCCGAAAGACAUUCCGAGGGAGCUGCCUAAGCCGCCGAAACGAUCGGACUCACUCUUGGAGACAUCAACGAAGCAAGAAGACCCCGGUCCACCGAACAAAGAACCGCCGCCGAUUCCUCGCCGGAAAAAGUCCCGUAGUCCCAAGAGGAGCAUGAUCAUCCACCAGAAUCUGAACUUGCCUUCGGACAGCAUCGAAAACUUGGUGGACGAGGCGGAGAUCGAGCCAUAUCUAGCCAGGGUGGAUGAGGCGGAAGCUAAUCAAGGACCCGCAGAUUUGAGUUAUCCAUCUAGCAGUCAAGGUCCUCAAACGAGUUGGUUCGUGCCGGAUGAUGAAACGCAGCCACAACCCGAUAAGUUCCACAAGACUACGAACGUGAAUCCGUUGAACGAGAAGACCGACAACAAGCCAGUGGAAAAGAUACAGAAGGAGCUUCCUACGGAGUUAUCACGGAUCAGCGAAGACGAUACGUACUUGCCGUCAUAUUCGGAAGCUAUAGGUGCGGAAGUCACGGGUGAGCCAUUGCCCGGACCUUCUGCCAGCAAGUCCAGCGUCAAGUCCAAGCUAUUCAACGCCCUAAAACGCAAAUCCAGCUUCAAGUCAAAAGCCGAUACUCGAACCGUCCUGGAGAUGAUCCCGAAGCCGCCGCUAACGGAGCGGCUAAUCAGCCAUCAAGGGCACGUGCUCAAAUUCCCAUCCGGCAUGAUCGGCGACGUGUUCAACGAGUUGGCGCCAAGGUCGGCCGUGCUCAAGGAGAAAAUCAUCCAAACGUAUCAGGAUCCGCAGAAAACGCAACCCAAGGAGACGCUCCACAUGAAGUUUAUCCUCAGCCUGCAAUGCGUAGUUCAGCACAAGUUCAACAACGAAGGCGGCCCGGACCUGCACUGCUUCGAAGUUGUGCUGGCAAUGCCGAAGAAGGAAGGAAGCUCCGGAUCUAACCAGCAGCUGGUUACGAAUCCGAAUCUGGUGAUCACCAGUAACAACAGUGGGAAUGUGAAGACCUUGAGGCAGUCGUACAUGUUCGGAGUACACAAGCGAUCGGAUAGGAAUCUGUGGAUGGCGAAGAUUUUGCAGUCGGUGACUGAGGUUUUCCCGGACACGUGUCUAGCGGAGUUCACCCGAGCUGGAUGGUGUUACAUGAAGAAGUCCGUAUCGUCAAGCUGGAGUGGGGCGUGGCUGCUGCUGGCGAAGCGUCGGCUGUAUUUCUACAACUACCAGGAUCGUCAGCUAGAACAGCUGGAUCUACGGAAAGCUCGAUGCAUCGGAGGCAUCGAGUCGGACGAAUCGAUACGGAACCUCCACACGGAAGCGGGGCCGUCGCUGUUCAUCGACUGUCCGCCGUAUGCUACGCUGUAUUUCAUUAUGGCAUCGCCCAGGGAGACCCAGAUAUGGAAGAAGAUCAUCAAGGAUACGGCGCACAAGAACGGCAGCAGUCUGCACAGCCAGCAGUUGACCAAGAACGACGUCCCGGUGCUGAUCGACAAAUGCAUCAACUUCAUCUACGCCCAUGGUUCGAUGUCCGAGGGGAUCUACCGCAAGUCCGGAUCGGCUAGUCAGGUCACCAAGAUCUUGCAGCUGUUCAAGGAGGACGCCUUUGCAGUCCAGCUGAUACGCGGGGAGUUUAAUGAAUACGACGUUGCUGGGGCGCUUAAGAAGUUCAUCCGGGACAUUCCGAAUUCGUUCUUCGGAAGCUACUCCAUCAGUUUCGUCAGUAUUACCAGCUUGAAGUCUGCCAAGGACAAAAUCGAUUCCUACAAGGAACUGCUCUCGCGUCUACCAAAGGUUGAAUACCAAACCUUGAAGAAGCUAGUGGGUCACCUGAGUUUCAUCGCAUCCCUGGAGCGACACAACAAGAUGGGCGUUCCAAACCUGGCCAUGAUCUGGGGAUCGACGCUGAUGGCCAACUCCUCGCAAAACCAAGAAGCGGAACAGUAUACGUACAGUCAGGAGGAAGCGGACGUCGUUGCGGAUCUGAUCAAGCUCUACAAAAACCUGUUCACGAUCACCCCGGAGGAGGUCAAGAAGGAGCUGUUGAUGCUGAAAGUGCUGCAGAAGUAUCACGCCGCAGCGGAGAACUUGUCCGAUACGGUAAAGGACUCCGGUGACUUGAAGGUCUGGAUCGCGAUCGAAUGCGACGAGGGAAGCAGCACUGCAGCGAGUGAAGAAAAGACGCAGAUCAACGUGACGAUCAAUCCGACCAAAACGGCGUCCGAUAUCUGCAAGGAGCUAGCUGGGAAGACGCCAUUCCAGUGGUACAAACUGACAUUGUACGAAGUCAUCGGAGACGGUUCGUUGAUUCGACCCGUGCACUACAGUGAGAAGGCGUUGGAGAUCGUGUUAAGGUGGACCUACUGGAACGACGCCGAUCGGAAGAACAACUACCUUUCGAUCAGGCAAACGACGACCCUGAAUGAUGUCUACCGGCACAUCCAGAAGUCGCCACUGAUGACACCCACCACGGAGUUGAAGUUCGCCGAUCGGAAAACGAAGACCUUGCGGAGUUACAAGCUGCAGUUGAUCGGGAAGGAGAUCGUCGUGUUGAAGCGGGUCGACAAGAAGGAUAAGAGUCUGUACGAGGAGCUGAUGAAGAUCGAUCUGGGCAAGGUUCAGGCCUACAUCGGAAGGGAAGCGAAGCGGGAUCAGUCAAGCUUGCGAUGGGCGAUUACGCUAGUGGAGAAUGAUUUCAAGAAGAGGACCCGGGACGCCCCCUUCAUUGGCCACCUGUUCGGAGGAAUCGAUUUCAACGACCAAGUCCUGUGGUAUUCCAGCAUUCUGUACAGUCUACACAAGGAUGACAUCCUGCCGAGCAGCGAUUUGUUCUUCUAGCCAAUUAAAAUAGAUCAAUAUUUACACACGAGA